CCCGGUUUGGAAUCCCGUUAGGAAUGUCAUCAGAUAGGGGACCGCAUUUUGUGGCAGGAAUCAUUCAAGGUGUAGCCAAGGCGCUAGGGAUUAGAUGGGAUUUACACACUCCGUGGAGACCGCAGUCUAGUGGCCAGGUAGAAAGGAUGAAUCAAACAUUGAAAAAUCAGUUGAAAAAGAUUUGCCAGGAAGCCAAAGUUCAGUGGCCCCAAGCUCUGCCAAUAGCAUUAUUGCGCAUCCGAAUAAAACCCAGGGAGAGGAUAGGAGUCAGUCCGUAUGAAGUAUUGUAUGGUAAAGCUUAUCAUGCUGCAACCUAUCAGGGGGACCCCCAUUUGACAGGAGACCAGGUAUUAUUAAAUUAUGUGUUAUCUUUGAAUAAGACUCUUGCAGCUGUACGGGGAGCCUUGCAGUGGAACCGCCCGCUACCACUAGAGAACCCAGUUCAUGACAUCUCGCCGGGAGACCAUGUGUACGUGAAAAAUUGGAGCGUGGAGCCUCUGAAGGAGUCAUGGAAUGGUCCCUACCAAGUGCUGAUGACCACGUACACCGCCGUCAAGGUCGCUGGGAUUGAUAACUGGAUACACUACACCAGGGUGAAGAAGGUACCGACGAGAUGGGAGGUGCAGCCCAUAACGGACACCCGGAUGGUAUUCCGAACAAAGCCCUGAUCAUCUUGAUACUGAUUGUUUGUCAGUUAGUAGCCUCAGCAGUUAUAAUUCAUGUACCAGACCCUUUAGUCUUAGUACCGGAAAGUGGAAAUGUUGAAUUAACCUGUUUGUUUUCUGACAACCAGAAAGCUGGAUCCCAUGAAAUUAAUGUGAGAUGGAGAAAAGGCCUUGACAUCGUAAGUAAAGGAAUAAUGACACUUUGGGAUGACCAUCAGCAAUCAGGAAACACUACCUUAAGGAUUCCUAAAAUCUCAACUUCUGGAGAAGAUGUCUUUUAGGAAUGAUUCUGAAAGAAGGGGCUCACACCAAAAGGGUAAUACAAGCAGUUACCCGAAGAGAAGUGAUACAACCUCGUGUAGCUGAGACUCAAACCUAAGAAAUUGAGC